AUGGCCAACCCACCUCACGGAGGGGUCUUGAAAGACCUUCUGGCUCGAGACGCUCCUCGUCAUGAUGAGCUUGCUGCAGAAGCAGAGAAGCUUCCCGCAAUUGUCCUGACUGAACGUCAACUAUGUGAUCUUGAACUCAUCCUCAAUGGUGGUUUCUCACCGCUCGAGGGAUUUAUGAACGAGAAGGAUUACAAUGGUGUGGUAGAGAACGUCAGACUGGCUGAUGGUGCCCUGUUCAGCAUGCCCAUCUGCUUGGACGUGUCACACCAGACUGUUGAGCGUCUGAAGAUGAAGCCUGGCGCCAGAAUUACCCUCCGAGACUUCAGAGACGACCGAAACCUUGCCAUCCUCACCAUCGAUGACGUCUACAAGCCAGACAAGCAAAAGGAGGCUCAAGAAGUGUUCGGAGGAGAUCCAGAACACCCAGCCAUCAAGUUCUUGAUGAACACCACCAAAGAGUACUACGUGGGCGGCAAGAUCGAGGCUGUCAACAGGCUGAACCACUACGACUAUGUUGCUUUGCGAUAUACACCUGCAGAGUUGCGGACACACUUUGAGAAGCUGGGCUGGGCUCGUGUGGUGGCUUUCCAGACCAGAAAUCCUAUGCACAGAGCCCAUCGUGAGCUGACAGUUCGCGCUGCUCGUGCUCGUCAAGCCAACGUUCUCAUCCACCCUGUGGUGGGUUUGACCAAGCCUGGUGACAUUGACCACUUCACUCGGGUACGCGUCUACCAAGCUCUCAUGCCCAGAUACCCCAAUGGAAUGGCUGUUCUUGGUCUGCUCGGUUUGGCCAUGCGUAUGGGUGGUCCUCGUGAAGCCAUCUGGCACGCCAUCAUCCGAAAGAACCACGGUGCGACUCACUUCAUCAUCGGCAGAGAUCAUGCUGGGCCUGGCAAGAACAGUGCUGGCAAGGAUUUCUACGGACCAUACGACGCUCAGCACGCAGUCGAGAAGUACAAGUCCGAACUCGGAAUCGAAGUCGUGGAAUUCCAAAUGAUGACAUACCUCCCUGACACGGAUGAAUAUAGACCAAAGGAUCAAGUCCCUGCUGGCGUCAAAACCCUGGAUAUCUCUGGUACCGAGCUCCGAAGACGCCUGAAGGUCGGUGCGCCUAUCCCAGAGUGGUUCUCAUACCCAGAGGUCGUCAAGGUGCUCCGAGAGUCCAAUCCUCCGCGUGCGACGCAAGGUUUCACCAUCUUCCUCACCGGAUACCAGAAUUCCGGCAAGGACGCUAUUGCACGAGCUCUACAAGUCACCUUCAACGAACAAGGUGGUCGUCCGGUUUCUCUACUUCUGGGCGAGACCGUUCGUCAUGAACUCUCGGCCGAGCUUGGUUUCACAAAGGAAGACCGAGACACUAACAUUGCUCGUAUUGCGUUUGUCGCUGCCGAAUUGACGAAAGCUGGCGCUGCUGUUAUCGCUGCACCAAUUGCACCUUUUGACGAGGCUCGAAAAGACGCCCGGGAUACUGUCGAGAGGUUUGGCAGCUUCUUCCUGGUCCACGUUGCCACGCCUCUGGAGUAUUGUGAGAAGACAGAUAAGCGAGGAGUCUAUGCACGAGCCCGACGGAACUCGAUCAAGAACUUCACUGGUGUUAAUGACCCUUAUGAAGCCCCCGGCGAUGCUGAUUUGACAGUUGACUGCUCAAAGCAGACUGUCAGAAGCAUUGUGCACGAGAUUGUUCUGAUGUUGGAAAGCCAGGGUUUCUUGGGUAGCUCGUAG